CUUUAUUCUUCCAAGGAUUUCCUUUCCUCUUCUUAUUCUUCUUCUUCUUUUGGUCAAAAGCUUAGAUUUUUUUUAUUUGACGCUUUUACCCCUGCUGAUUAUUGAAGAAAGUUAAGAUUUUUGUUGCAUAGUUGAUCUCUUUGAAGCUUGGAGCUGUCAAUUUAGUAAGUUACUGAAGUUUGAGGGGCGUAUUGGAGUAUGGAGCAAUAAAAUGCUGAAUUUGACACAAAUCUGAGUGAAAAUAGAUUAGAUUAAGCUCUCUGGGGUAUUAGGUAUUAUUGAAGAGUUAUUUUUUGGGGGGCUGUUGGGAAUGGAUCAUGUGAUUGGUGGUAAGUUCAAGCUUGGAAGAAAGAUUGGCAGUGGCUCUUUUGGAGAACUCUUUUUAGGGGUAAAUGUGCAAACUGGAGAGGAAGUUGCUGUCAAACUGGAAUCUGUGAAGACCAAGCAUCCACAGCUUCAUUAUGAGUCAAAAUUGUAUAUGCUUCUUCAAGGAGGAACGGGUAUUCCCCACCUCAAGUGGUUUGGAGUUGAGGCAGAUUACAAUGUCAUGGUAAUCGACCUUCUUGGACCUAGUCUGGAAGAUUUGUUCAACUACUGCAACAGGAAACUCUCAUUAAAAACAGUCUUGAUGCUUGCUGAUCAAUUGAUUAAUAGAGUAGAAUAUAUGCAUUCAAGAGGUUUCCUUCACCGUGAUAUAAAGCCUGACAACUUCUUGAUGGGCCUAGGACACAAGGCUAAUCAGGUAUAUAUCAUUGACUAUGGUCUUGCAAAGAAGUAUAGGGAUCUUCAGACACAUAAGCACAUCCCAUACAGAGAAAACAAGAACCUCACAGGCACAGCUCGUUAUGCAAGUGUGAACACUCACCUAGGAGUUGAGCAAAGCCGAAGAGAUGAUUUGGAAUCUCUUGGUUAUGUGCUUAUGUAUUUCCUGAGAGGAAGCCUUCCCUGGCAGGGGUUAAAAGCUGGCACAAAAAAGCAAAAAUAUGAUAAGAUUAGUGAAAAGAAGGUAUCAACUCCUAUAGAGGUGCUCUGUAAGUCAUAUCCAUCUGAGUUUGUAUCAUACUUUCACUACUGCCGAUCUUUGCGGUUUGAAGAUAAACCAGAUUAUUCAUAUUUGAAGAGGCUUUUCCGAGACUUGUUUAUAAGAGAAGGUUAUCAGUUUGACUAUGUCUUUGACUGGACUGUUUUGAAGUACCCACAGCUUGGUGGCAGCUCGAGAGGGCGGCAUACCAGUGGAAGAGCAGGUUUAGCUGCAGGACCAGCUAUAGAAAGACCAGAAAGAAUCUCGGUGGGUAGAGAGAUUCGGGAUAGAUUCUCUGGUGCAGUUGAAGCAUUUUCCAAAAGAAAUGUUUCGAAUACUAGUCCUCGUCGUGAUCAUUCUAGACACAAGACUGCUGAGGAUGUAACUUUGUCAAAGCAUGUGCACCCUGAUUCUGAUAAAAGACGCAGUUCUUCUCGAUAUGGUAGCACUUCAAGAAGAGCUGUAGCAGCGAGUAGGCCUAGUUCAUCAGGUGAACCCAGUGACAUUCAACAGAACAGACUAGUAUCGAGUGGUGGUCGCAUGUCUACCACACAAAGAAUCCAACUCGCCUUUGAGGCCAAAACAUCUAGUCGUGCUGCCCCUGUUAGAGGAAGCCGUGAUGAUCAUCCUCUUCGAAGUUUUGAGCUGCUCUCGAUUAGGAAAUAAUGGAGUUUGUAGGCUGAUGCUUUUAAGAAGUUCCAAUGUCACUGUGUAUAAUGGGGAUAUCCACCAGAUUGAAUGGUGCUGCAGCUCGUGACUUCCCUUACCACAUUUGCCAAUCUUUUUUCCAAGAUUAUUUGAGCCCCCGAGAGUUUAUGGCCAUUGUAACGUGUUAAAGGCAGCAGGGAAGAGAACUCAUUAUUGGGAAUCGUAUCUGUCAAAUGCAACUUGAAUAGCUGCAAUAAAACACUCUUUUCAUCCUUUUUCCCCUUA